AUGCCAGAAAUAGGUCCAGACUUUGUUAUAGAGGGUGUGGAGAAGAAGGCAAUUAUAAGCACAUGUGAUUCUCACCAAGGAGAAUACCAAAGGAAACUGUAUAGAGAGCUGCUACGAAAUUACAAUCGCCUUGAACGACCCGUGGUGAAUGACUCACAGCCUUUGCUUGUAGAACUGCAACUUUCAUUGCUUCAGAUUAUUGAUGUGGAUGAAAAGAAUCAAGUUCUGAUUACAAAUGCCUGGCUUCAAAUUUAUUGGAAUGAUUUCUACUUAACUUGGGAUCAAAAUGAAUAUCCAGGUGUUCAGACACUUCGCUUUCCUUCAGAUCAGAUCUGGGUUCCUGAUAUACUUCUAUACAACAGUGCAGAUGAAAGAUUUGAUGCAACUUUUCACACUAAUGUUUUGGUGAAUUCUUCAGGUGCCUGUCAAUAUAUCCCACCAGGCAUUUUAAAGAGCACUUGCUAUAUUGAUGUUCGAUGGUUUCCUUUUGAUGUACAAAAGUGUAAAUUAAAAUUUGGAUCUUGGACUCACAAUGGCUGGUUACUCGACUUGCAGAUGCUUGACGCCGAUAUCUCAAAUUAUAUAUCUAAUGGAGAAUGGGAUCUUGUAGAUGUGCCAGGCAAAAGGAAUGAAUUGUAUUACGAGUGCUGUAAAGAGCCAUAUCCUGACGUGACAUAUACUGUAACCAUGCGCAGACGAACACUGUACUACGGCCUAAAUUUACUAAUACCCUGUGUUCUUAUAUCUGGAUUGGCGUUGCUAGUAUUCCUGUUACCAGCAGAUUCAGGAGAGAAGAUUUCACUAGGAAUCACUGUUCUGUUGUCCCUGACUGUAUUUAUGCUGUUAGUAGCUGAGAUUAUGCCUGCAACAUCUGAUUCUGUUCCUCUGAUUGCUCAGUAUUUUGCAAGCAUCAUGGUAAUAGUCGGCCUGUCUGUAGUGGUUACCGUGCUUGUUUUGCAGUUUCACCAUCAUGAUCCUCAAGCAGGAAAAAUGCCAAAAUGGGUCCGAGUUAUUCUGUUGAAUUGGUGUGCCUGGUUUUUAAGAAUGAGAAAACCUGGAGAAAAUAGAAGGCCGCUUCCAUGUAAAUAUAUUUAUCCAAAUCAUCAUUCGAGUAUUAGUAGUAUUGAAAUGAACAUAGCACCGGGUCGCCAGUCUAGCAAUGGCAACAUAGUCUAUUGUGGAUACCACACUUUAGAGAGUCCAUGUUGUCCUCCAAACAGCGACUCAGGAGUAAUGUGCGGACGAGUGACCUGCCCUUCUCUAGAAGACAGCGAGAUUCUUCAAAGGAAAUCCUUACUGGAAGGCAUGCCAGAAAUUGCCAAGAUUUUAGAGGAAGUCCAGUACAUUGCAAGGCGCUUCAGGGAACACGACCAAGGGGAGGAAAUUUGUAGCGAGUGGAAGUUUGCUGCGGCAGUCAUAGACCGCUUGUGUCUUGUGGCAUUUUCUCUCUUUGCCAUUAUCUGCACAAUUACAAUUCUGAUGUCGGCCCCAAACUUUAUAGAAGCAGUUACCAAGGAUUUCACAUAA